AUGGAUCGCUACGACGAGAAAGGCAUGGGCGAGAAGACGUCGUCGCCCCAGGGCUCCCUGGAGGCCGGCAGCGAUGACUCUCCGAGGGAGACCGGUAUCCUGGCCACUCUGCGCCGCUUCGAAGGCAGAAUGGAUAGAGCCUUGGGCGUCGAGUCUCAUGCCAUCGACCGCAAGACGGAGGCCGACAAGCGCCCCGUCAAGUGGCAUGAGGAGCUGACUAUGGCUCUUCUGUGGGCGUCCGGUACGAUGGGUAUCAGCUGCUUUGCGACAGGUUUUCUUGGAUGGGAGUUCGGCCUUGACCUGAAGCGGGCGAUUCCCAUCUUCAUCUUUGGCUCCAUCCUCGGCGGUGCCGUAUCCGGGUACUGUGCCACGUUCGGUGCGGCGACGGGUCUUCGUCAGAUUUCGGUCUCCCGGUACAGCUUUGGCUGGUGGCCGAACAAGCUUAUCGCGUUCUUGAAUGGUCUCGAGCAGCUGGGUUGGGCCUCUGUCGCAUCCAUCAGUGGCGGAUUGGCGUUGACUGCAGUCGCCGAUGGCCGCAUCUCCCUGGUCGUCGGCGUUGUCAUCAUCGCCGUUGUGUCUCUCCUGGUCAGCUUCCUCGGUCUGCGCUACAUCCUGAUCUAUGAGCGUUACGCAUGGCUCAUCUACCUCAUCAUCUUCAUCAUUAUCUUCAGCAUGGUUGGUCCCUAUGCCGACGACGUCACCCCGGCCCAGGUCACAGGCGCCGACCUCUCCGCCAGCGCUCUCUCGCUUCUCGCGGUCGUCUACGGAAGCUCCGCAUCGUGGGCCACUAUGGUCUCAGACUACUACGUCCAAUACCCGACCAACGUUUCCAGGCUCAAGGUAUUCACCCUCACGACUCUCGGCAUUGCUAUCCCGACGUCCAUCGGUAUGACCGCGGGCGCCGUGGUAGCCAGCUCUCUGAACAACCAGACAGCCUGGAAAGACGCCUACGAGAACGAAGGCCUUGGCUUCCUGAUCCGAGACAUGCUGCACCCGCGCGGCUUCGCCAAGUUUCUCCUCGUCAUCUUCUCUUUCAGCGGCAUCAACACCAAUAUCAUCUCCCUCUACUCCGCCGCCAUCUCCUUCCAGCAAAUGGCCCGCCCCCUCGCCAAAAUCCCCCGGUUCCUCUGGACGUUUCUCUGCUUCGCCGUUGUCGUUGGACUGGCCGUCGGCGGCCGCAGCCAGUUGAACACCUACCUGCAAAACUUCCUCAGCCUACUGGGCUACUGGUGCACAAGCUACUUCGUGAUCCUGCUGAUGGAACACACCAUCUUCCGACGUGGAGACUUUGCCAACUACGAUCUCGAAGGUUGGAACGACCCGAGCCGCUUGCCUCUUGGCAUCGGGGCUAGCGUUGCCUUCCUGGUCGGGGUGGUCGCGUGGUGCAUGGGCAUGGUUGAGACCUGGUUCGUGGGACCUCUUGGCGGGCUGAUUGGCGAAUCUGGGGGUGACAUUGCCAACGAGCUGACGCUUGUGGUGUCUGCUUUGGCAUAUUUGCCGGCUCGUUACCUGGAGUUGAAGUAUUUCGGCCGAUAG